AGACAUAUUUUCUUUAAAAAGACUCGGGCGGAGCAUUUACAAAAUUUAUAAGGUACAAUCAUGGUAGUGAAAAAUCAAUGUUUCAUCAUUUUAUUGAUGACGUUAUCGCUAUUAAUUGGAAACAGUAACGCAGGAUGGAAAUUUUGGAAAAAUGAUAAAGAUACUACUACUACGACCACUACUGCGGUUUCUGUAAAUACACAAAAUAUAAUUUCGGAAUAUGGUGCGGAUAGUGCUGUUUUAAGACCCAAUAUACCUGGAACCGAUCGUGGAAAUGAUCAAAGUCAUCGACAAUUAACAGAUCUUGUUGGAGUUAGAGAACCAUCUCAAAACCAACCAUCAAAAAUACCUCAUCAAGGAUUAACAAUUAACAGUCAUAAUUCCAGACUAUUUACAGAAGGAAUAAGUCAGUCUGCGGCUUCUCAUACAUCGAUCAUUAAUCAAUCAGGUUCUCGAUCAACAUCGUUGUCUGCAAACAUACCAGUUGAAUCAACUCAAUCAUCAGUCACAGGUUUAUGUUACUUAUUUAAGAGAUUUUUAUGAGACAUCAAAGAACAA